GGUGGCUCUAGAGACUGGAGGCUUCCUGUGCAGAAUGAACAGGCCAGUGGAAACCCUCUGCUCCCACGCUCACCUCCAGAGACACGGAGGGGAAGUACAGCGUGCAGGGUCCAAGGGUGGCCCUGACACUCCGCAGCCCUGAGGUAUCGGCUUCUGCAGUGGCUGUCCUGGAGGGUGUGUUCCAGACCCUGGGCUUUGAGAGCUGCUGGAGGAGGGAGGCCUCAGCCCAGGACUUCCUUGAGGAGCUGACUGGGUUCCGGGAACAGCUGGUUGCCCAUGGGGGCCCUCUGGGCUGUAUCCUAGUGGCCUUGGUGGCCCCCGGUGGGCAGCUGAGGCAGCCACAGAAGUUGGUUCGGGAGCUGAGUGGUUGUGAGGCCCUGCGGGGCUGCCCCAAAGUCUUCUUCUUGCUCUCGAGUGCUCCUGGGGCUGCCCCCGAGCCCGGAGCCUUCCUCACUAGCCUGUGUGAACUCUGUGGCCACUGCCCUCACUGGUCGCUGCUGCAGCUGCUGACAGAGCUCCUCCGUCUGCUGGCCAUGCCUCCUAGUCGUCCCUGUCAGCCUCGUGCAGCCCCAGAAUGUCAGUGAUAGCCUUCUUCGCAACUCCCCGAGUCAAGGCUCAUACCUCUGCCCAGACCGGUUUGCCUCGUCCAGGCACUGACUGUUCCAUCAGACUGCAGGUCCCUGGAGGGCAGCAUUGGGAGUGAUUUGGGUCUGGUUUCAACACCCAAAGUUCUCACUGGAUGGUUGAGUGGCCCCGGGUAGUCCUGCAGGGGACCCCAAAGAGACCGUAGUAGCUACGGGACUGGCCGAGUCAUUCCCUGGAGCCAGGGUUCCUGUUCUCUCCCUACCAUGCUCCCAUGGGACGGCCCCAUGAGGGUCCUCUGGCUCCGUCCUCGCCAGGUCUUCUCCAGGACAGCCGAAGAGUCCUCGGGGGUCGUCUACUGCCCAGUCCUUCGGAGCUCCUUGCGGGGGACACUGUGCCUGGGGAACGUGGAGCCCUGGCGGCCUGAGCCAGAACCCAGCCCCAGCGCUCAGUAUGACAUGUCUGGGGACAGGGCUGCCCUCCUCCUUGCUGUGAUCCGGGACCGGCCUGGGGCCCAGCACGAUGUGGAUGCCCUGGGGGGCCUGUGCCAGGCUCUGGGCUUUGAGACCACCCUGAGGACAGACCCUACAGCUCAGGCUUUCCAGGAAGAGCUGGUCCAAUUCCAGGAGCGGCUGGACACCCACAGGAGCCCUGUGAGCUGUGCCCUUGUGGCCCUGAUGGCUCAUGGGGGGCCUCAGGGGCAGCUGCUGGGGGCCGAUGGGCAAGAGGUACAGCCAGAAGUGUUUGUGCGGGAGCUGAGCCGCUGCAGGGCCCUGCGGGGCUGCCCCAAGAUCUUCUUGCUUCAGGCUUGCCGCGGUAGACACAGGGAUGCUGGCAUGGGGCGCACUGCUCUCCCCUGGUUCAGGCGCUGGCUGUGGGCAGCACCAGCCACCCCCUCCCACGCUGAUGUCCUCCAGGUCUAUGCAGAUGUCCGAGGCAGCAGCUUCAGGGGCCGAGCCCCAGGGAGCCGUGACCAAGCAGACGCCCUAGUGGUCUAUGCAGCUGCCGAGGGUAAGGGGGUGGCCAUCCGGAAGCCCCGUGAGACAGGGCCUAGCAGCCUGGCUGGAGGUCUGGAGUGGCUUUGGUGGCAACUGGGGCUUGGCACUUGUGGCACAAGGGUACCUAUCUGGUUGCAAUUAGGCCGUUUUCCUGUUAUGUUUAUUAUUUAUAAUAAUAGUAAUGCUGGUGAGCGUGCAUUGCUGGCUGAUAUGCCACGCGCUAUACCUGCAUCUUUCCCUCCAGGCUGAAAGUUUCAUGAGGGCGGGGCACUUCUGCCUGUACAGGGCCCUGCCCAGUGCCCAGUACAUUGUGUGUUCACAGUGAAUAUGUAUUCACUGCAUAAAUAUCACGCAACAACUUAAUUUAGAAACAAGAAAUUCCUACUCCCUGCCCCAUUCCCUUGCCUUGGGGUCCUGUCUACUUGCCCCCACUUCUACUAUCAGUUGGCCCCUGAGGGUUGGAGGGCAGCUGGUCGGCCAAUCUGACGCUCUGGCCCUGGUCCCCUGGCCUAGGCUAUGUAGCUUAUCGGGAUGAGAAGGGUUCAGACUUCAUCCAGAUGCUGGUGGAGGUCCUCAGAGCUGCCCCCGGGGGAGACCUUCUGGAGCU